AAAGGCCUCGAGACGGAAGGUUUAUUCCGCGUCAGCGCGAGUCAAAAGUCUAUCAACAGACUGAAAUCCAGUCUGGAGAUGGAGUUGUUGGGCUCAGGGACGCCACCGCCGCCGCCGCCGGCGGCGGCCGUGUUGCCUUCCGAGAACGUUUUGGUCGCCCCGCGCGACAUCCCGCCGUCGGCCGCCGUCGUCAAGAUGUUUCUUCGGGAACUCCCGCAGCCGCUUAUCCCGAAGGACGCCACUCAGCUCUUUGUCGACGCCUUGUUGAGUCGCCGCCCCGACGGCGAGCAACAAGGGACGGGAAAACUGCGAGAAUUGGUGAUCGCAUUGCCGACGGAGAACUUUGCAACUUUGAAGUAUCUGAUGGAGUUUCUCGCAAAGGUUGCCGCGAAGCAAGAAAAGAAUUUCAUGAGUGAAAAGUCUUUGGGCAUGGUGUUUGCGCCAUGUCUGUUUAGCCUUGGGGAUGCCAUGGAGAUGAUGGCAGCUAGCCAGCAGCAACAACAACAACAACAACAACAACAACAUCAUCAUCAUCAUCAGCAGCAGCAGCACCACCAAAGUCCUACUGAAGUCAUCGACUUGCCCCUGGCCAAGAAGCUCUGCGAGCAAACCCAGGAGGUUGUUGUGGCCCUCAUCAAUGAUUGCGACAAGAUCUUUGCUCCAAUCCCUGAUCGACCACUGAUGGACCUUGAGGGCGAUUGUGAAGAGCUGUUUCUCAAGUGUCGACCGCCUCCUCCGUCGAAGCGAGUGUCUGCGUCUCCUGAAGCUGAGACAAUUCUGGAAACUGAUUCAAACUUGAUUGAAUCUGUUGACGAAGUCACCGUCAUUGAGGCUGACCCGGAAGUGGACGACGUGGACGACGAAGUGGUUGUCGUGGUCGUGGACGAUGACAACAACGAUGUGGACAUUGAUUCCAAACGAGCCAUGGAAAGAAUGGAAGAAAUUCCCGCGUUUCGUUCGUCCAGACCAUUGACGCAAAUCAAGUCGAAGAAAAGCGGAAGACAUCAUCACAGUCAUCAUCAUCAUUCGAGCCCGUCGAAAAGACCCAAGAAAAUUUCGGGCUCGGGUUCUGGGCCUUCCAGCGAUUCUUCAUGUUCCAGCUUUGACCAGAACGAUCAAGAGAACAGGGAACCGAAUCUCGGUCAGCCACAUUCAUCAUCUCCAUCCAACGAUAACAAAAGCGACGAGACUAAUGAAGAGAAAGAGAUUAAAGUGUGGCAAGCUUCGAUGGAUUUGGAUGAUCCUCCUGUUGUUGCCCAACGAGCUGUUCAGUCGCAAGAUGAAGUGAUGUUCUCGCCGAGGUCAAGUUUCCUUAUCCCGCGCGAGGAAGAGAAUAUGAAGCAAAGAGCAGCUGACAACAGGACUUCGGACCACGACGUGCGUCGACGUGACGCGAAACCGUGUUCGUCUUUCGACGAUGACGAGGAUGACGACUACACUGACCCAGCUUCCCUGCCAUCGCAUUGCAAAAGCGUUGUCAAUAAUAACAACAACAAUUUGCUCAGACGUCGAGCAUCCCCUCCGGCAAACACGAGACGGAAGAAUGACCCAGCGUAUCAAGCGGCUACCCUGAUCAGGAGACGAGCAUCCAAGCUGAAGAGAAAAUUGGUUGCUGAGGAAGAGGUUUUCAUGAAGGUGCAUGGAGUGAAGCCCUCCAAGGCAGACAAGAUGAUCAGCACUGAAAUGAGGGCUUUGGUGGUUCAACUGAGGCAGUGUAAGGCUGAGCUGAAGCGACUGGUUGAUGACCCAUCCCCAGCAACUGCCUUGGUUAUUUUGGCUGCAAACUCUGCUGGGUCUCGUGCAGUGGACUUUGCGAGGGCAGGUCUCAUCAAAGCCAAGUACCCAGCCGGUGACCUGGAAAAGACAGUGUCGGAAAUAGACGAGCACCUGCGAUGUUUGCGAGAAACCGCAAUGGUCUACCUGGAAAGUAAACACGGUCGCCCUGGAACGCCAGAGGACAAGAAAAUAGUGUGGACUUUGUAUGACCGCUACAGGGCUGUCAAACGGACCAUUGUGCGUCUGGGAAUGUCAAAGCCAAACACAAAUCUGAUCCCGAUCCCUGAGCAUGUUGCCAUGGAGUUCCCAAAAACAGAGAAGUUGCCUGUUGGAGGAGGCAAUGGGAACAAUGGAGCCGGUGUAGGAGGGACUCAAGUGGCAGAUGUAGAAGCAGGCAGCAGCAGCAGUGGCAGCAAUGGCAAGAACAGGCCUGUUGUUGUGAGAGAAGCCCCUCCUCCUGUGGAGAUUGAAUUUGACAUGACCAUUUACCAUGAAGGUCCAAUCAAAGACCUGGAACGCAUGCAACGUUCGCUGAUCGAACGUCGAAAGGAACUCAAGAGGCAAAUCCGGAUUUUCGAAGUUGGUUUCGAAGACAACAACGGACGUCCGCCGAGGAGUGAAGAAGAAAGAUCCCCGAUGGACAAAACUUACAGAGCCUACAAGGAAGUCAAGGCCCGAAUGCGACUCGUGGAGGCCCUCAUACAAAAACAGGAGAAGACCAACCCUGGCAAUGCGACCAAUAAUACCAGCAAGAUCGUGUCGUGA